AUGGGGAAUAAAAGGCGUAGGGAAUCGGAAGCUUCUAGUUCUAGUGAAUCUUCAAGUUCGUCGUCUUCGACAGACACUUCGGACGCCUCGUCCACCGACUCGUACGUCGCAUCACGUAGGAAGAAGGGCAGUAAAAGGGACACGUCCCCCGAUCGUAUCCAAAAAAAUCCCAGCAAUCCGAAGGCGAGUGGUUCAGGGAGUGCUGCCGCAGCCUCAGUAGCACUGUCAAAUCUUAUUCGUGCAACUUUGGGUGGAGCCGGGGAAGAAGUCCCAGCCCAAGGAAGAGAUGGUGAUGCAGGCGGAAUGGUUGCUCCGGCGGGGGCCGUGGCAGCAGCAAACGGUGUGGCAGCAGCAAACGGAGUGGCAGCAGCAGACGGAGUGGCAGCAGCAGACGGAGUGGCUCAGGAGAGACCGAUUCCAGCGGUGGGGCAGGCCCUGUUACAGCUAGCCUCCUUCAUAGAAGCUCAGCACGCCCCAAAAAGUAGUAGGAAGAAAAGACUCAAGCCUUCAAUCAAGCAGAGCAGGCGCAUGCUGAAAAGACUGAGAAGAGGAGCGAGCAACAAGAGAGUUGGGCAGCUGAAAUCCAAAUACAGAUUGGAUGUGGAAGACAGCAUGGACUUUAAGGUCCCGUCAAUCGACUUCGAGAUGCACUUAAAAUUGCAAAAGUUGUUAGGCCCAUCAACCGGAAAAGGAGUCAAUGAAGUUGAGAAGACUCUUUACAAAGUGCAGCAAUCCAUGCUCCCAGUUUUCUCAGUGCUUGCGUUUUUGGAGUCCAAAGAGUUGGAAGGAGAUGCGGGUAAAGCAGUCCGUCAUUUGGCUGAGUUAAUCGGAAGAUCCUAUUUUGACGUUUCUGACUUGCGCCGUCGGAACAUCUUGGAGAUAGUGGGCCCUGCGAUCAUUCCGCUUCUAGAAGACCGUGAAAUUUUUGAAGUCAGUGAAGGAAAAGAUCUGUUCGGGAGCUCCGUCAUGAAGAGGCUAUCGAAAAGUGGGCGUUUCGUCAGAGAGCUGGUCGACCUGGACGUAGGAGGGCAGAGAAAGGGCAAGCUGCCAGUCAAAGAACGUGUCUCCUUACCCUCUUCCCACGAUCAGCAGAGCAGUUACCGAGGCCGGCAGACCAACCACAGCAGUGGCGGAGCCGGUAACAUCCGAGAUGACAACGGUAACCAACGGCAUGCCGUCCGUUUUCAGCAACCAGACUCCCGAGGUACCGGACACGGCGUAGGUGAUCAGGGCCGCCAAGGGCCCGGAUCGGCUAGCCGAUGGAAUAACAACCAACAGGAUUGGAGCGACAAUAGGUACGCAAUAGAUUUAAUAUAUUCCCUUUCUAGCUCCCCUCCCCCAAUAGCUUUAAGUAUUAUUGGUGGAAGAAUAAGACAUUUUUGGAGAGCUUGGGGACUUAUUUCAGCCGAUCCUUGGAUCCUUAGUGUGGUCAGGAACGGGCUGGAACUUGAGUUCGAGUCACCUCCCACGAUGCUUAAUUUUCCGUCGAACGCACGAAUGGGAGAAGAGCAAUUGAACAUUGGGCGGGACGAAGUUAGGUCGUUAAUUCAAAAAGGAGCGGCGGUAAGGGCCAGUACGAUCCGGUUUGUCAGCCAGAUGUUCAUUAUAAAGAAACAGUCGGGAGGAUUUAGACCUAUAAUUAAUUUGAAAAGUCUCAAUCAAUUUGUGGUAUAUAGACACUUUAAGAUGGAGAACCUGGCCUCGCUCAGGCACUUGAUCGUAAAAGGGGAUUGGAUGGUGAAGCUGGACCUAAAAGACGCGUAUUUGACAGUCCCCGUCCAUCGUGAUUUCCACGAGUUCCUUCAAUUCAUAUGGGAAGGGGAAGUGUUCCAGUUUACCUGUCUUUGCUUCGGCCUGGCCUCUGCCCCUUGGGCGUUCACUAAGCUUUUAAAACCAGUGGUAGCUUUCUUGAGGAGCCUCGGGUUUAGGGUGAUCAUUUAUCUCGAUGACAUCAUCCUGCUGAAUCAGUGUAGGAGGGUAAUCGUAGAGCAACUAAAUUUUAUUAAAAAAUUGUUACAAAUUCUGGGUUUUGUGAUCAAUUCGGAGAAGUCUGUAGAGACUCCGGCCCAAUUGAUGGAAUUUUUGGGCAUGUUGGUCGACUCAAUUUUGAUGCGGUUCCGCUUGCCAGAAAAAAAGAUCGAGUCAAUAGGAACCAGGAGUGCGGAAUUGGCAAAAAGAUCAAGGGUAGCACUGAGGGAGCUAGCGAGUCUGUUAGGCAGUUUUACCUGGGCGGCAACAGCGGUGCCGUUUGCACAGGCUCACUACAGAGAGGUGCAAGCUCUUUAUAUAGAAGGCGCAAGAGCGAAUGAAGGGAACCUGCAGGGAAAAAUUGUCCUUUCACGAGCAGCCAAAGAAGAGUUAGAGUGGUGGGCAAAAAACCUGGCCACCGGUGAAGGCCAGUCUAUGUUUGAGUCAGAGCCCAUCAUGUCAAUUUGUGCCGACGCGUCGCUUUCGGGCUGGGGGGCGGAGUGUAACGGUCUCCGCACCGGUAUGACGUGGUCACAGGAUGAGGCGGGAAGCCACAUCAAUGAGUUGGAGUUGUUGGGCGCCUUCAAUGCGCUCAGAUCGUUCGCCGCAUUUGAAAGGAACUGCACUGUCGAGCUCAGACUGGACAACACAACGGCCGUUGCGUAUAUCAAUAAGAAAGGGGGCACACAUUCCGAAUCGUUGACGCGUUUGGCCGUCCAAGUUGCGCGCUGGUGUGAGGAGCGAAAUGUUUCAUUAAGGGCGCAGUAUUUACCGGGAAUUUUGAACGUUAUCGCAGACAGGGAGUCGAGAAGGAGGAUCGAUUGGAGCGACUGGCAACUGGAUCCGAGGACAUUUCAAGCUCUUUGGAGAGUUUGGAAGGUCUCGAUCGACCUGUUUGCGAACCCCUGGAACGCGCAGCUGCCAAAAUUUGUGUCCUGGAACCCACAGCCCGGAGCCUGGGCAUGGAAUGCGUUUUCUCUGAAUUGGGCGGAGCUGAAAGGGGCAUAUGCGUUCCCGCCAUUCGCAGUCAUUCGGGAUUGCCUGUCGAAAGCGCGGAGGGAAAAAGCGUCGAUUUUAUUGAUCUGCCCACUUUGGCCGGCUCAGCCGUGGUUCCCGACGCUGUUGAGCAUGGCGUGCGACACCCCUCGGGUCUUGAGGCCGAGCCCAGGGCUGCUGAGAUCGGUCAAAGGGGAGACGAACCCACUAUGCAGCAUUCCGGGCUUCCGGCUAGUCGCCUGGAAAUUGUCAGGGCGAUGUACGGAAAGCAAGGUUUUUCGGGAGAAGUGGUCGAGCUUUUCGUGGGGGCCAUCAGAUCAAAUACAACCAGCGCGUACGGUAGUGCCUGGCGAAUUUGGGCAGAUUGGUGUGUGGGAAGGGGUUCGGAUCCCAUGUGUAAUGAUUUGAUCGUGGUAACGGCCUUUUUGGCGGAGCAAUCCAGGUCAAAAUCAUACAGUACGGUCAAUGUGUAUAGAUCCGCCCUGUCCGCCACACUAGAAAAGGUUGAAGGCUUCCCAGUGGGCCAACAUCCAAAGAUUUUAUUAUUAAUGAAAGGCAUUUACAACAAAAAACCACCGGCAGCCAAGUAUGACUCCGUUUGGGAUGUAGAUACAGUGCUGUCUCACCUCAAAAGAAAAGAAAAUGCGGCCCUCUCUCUAUGCGCGCUGGCGUCGAAAUUAGCGACACUCUUGGCCCUGGCCACCUUGUUUCGAGCGUCGGACCUGGCGUCGGUAAAUUUUAAGUCCAUUAUAUUCGCAGAAAAUAGAGUCUCCUUCGCCCUCAACAGACCCCGCAAGGCUCAGAAAGCAGGAUCGCUGCAGUCUUUCUCAUUGGAAAAGCUAGAUGACGAGCUGCUGGACCCGGUUGCGUGCCUACGAGCUUACAUUUUGAAAACAGAGGCGUUCAGGGGCCCUCAUAACGAGGGCUCGCUGUUUAUCAGCUCAGUAGGUCAGCACAAUCCGGUCAAGAGCGUAACGAUAUCUGGCUGGAUCAAACAAGUCUUGAGAGAGGCGGGAAUAGACAUAAAUAUGUUCUCGGCCCACUCAACACGGGGGGCCGCGGCUUCGAAGGCAAUCGCAGCUGGAAUCUCGGUUGAUACGGUCUUGCGCGCGGGUCAUUGGGCCUCCGCGUCCACCUUCAGAAAGUUUUAUCAUCGUGAAGUAACGACGGACCCAUCACUGGUCGGAAUUGUUCUUCAGACGGAUGGAAUCAGCAGCUAAAAAACAAAUCAUCCGGUAACAGCAACGCUUUCCGUGGAAGAGGCCGGGGAUAUCGUGGUCGAGGAGACUAAGAGUCGGAUGGCCAUCUCAUGGACACCAUGAGAAAUUCAAGCCACGCAGGAGAUCGGAGUCAUUUUUUGUGCUGCUCCCCCCUUUCCUUUGUUUAUUUGUUUAUUUUGUUUGUUGAGCCGUUUGUUUGUUUGCCCGCCCACCCUCCCUACCUUUGUUAUCAGCGAAUGGUCUGAGGAGGCGACGGCCGGUUACUCCCCUUUUUCCCUACCCCCCUUUAAAACAGCUGUCUCAAUACAAGGUCAACACAAGUUCAAAUCGAAGCGUACAAUCUCGUACAAUUCUAAUUGUCCUGGCGUAGACU